GGCUACAUGGCGGAACAGGAGAGCGGCAUGGGCAACAUGAUGGCGCGGCAAACGUUCCGGACGCACCGCAGUUUUGUGACACACGUGUUUGAUAAACAUGAGAAUGAAGUGCUUCGGUUUCACCGUCCGUUCGCAUGGAUCAAUUCUCGCAUCCGCGUGUAUGACCCUCUUGAUGUGGCUACAGGCGUCCAUUCAUCAUCCACCGCGCUCCAGACAAACUCGGCCGGAUCGCUGGUCCAGACUGCAGGAGACUCCAAUACCCGCGUCUCAUCGUUAGGACUCGACGAUAUGCGGGUUAUCGGAGAGGCCCAGCAGCAAUGGGCUCCAUUACGACGGAAAUACAACCUUUUCACAUAUCGUCCCUCGCCAAACCCAGCGACAGAAAUGAAAACAGAGAAGUUUCCAUUGAACCAAACAGGCUUGUCCAAUUCGCAGCAGAUGCAACUGGUGCAGUCGUCUCAGAACGAUCAAGACAAGGACUCAUACCACCAGUUCGCGCACGUAGAUGAGCCCUUUCUGUCCUGGGACUUCGGUUUACGGUCUGCCAAUAGCCAGCUGAUCGGUUCUGUGAACCGCAAUUUCGCUGGUUUUGCCCGGGAGUUCUUCACGGACACGGGUGUCUAUGCUCUUCGAAUGGACUCUGCUUCAUCCAACGCUUCUAGCGAAGAGGUCCUCGACAAGAACAGCACGACUCCUGGUAUGACAAUUGACCAGCGUGCCAUUAUGUUGGCCACCGCGGUAAGCAUCGAUUUCGACUAUUUCAGUCGCCAUAGCAAUUCGGGCGGGCUUGGUUUCAUGCCCCUCUGGAUCCCUGGGUUUGGCGGCGAGGCGGCUGCCGGGGGCGCCGCCGCCGGUGGAAUGGCCGAUGGCGCAGCAGCAGGUGUAGCAGGGGCGGGCGCAAUGGCCGGCUAUGAAGCCAUGUCCCGCGGGACUGGAGGAAACCAGCCUGCCCCGGACCAGCAAUCGCCGCCUACCGACCAACAGCCGCCAACGUCGGGUCAAACGGGCCCUUAUGGGGAUGUUUGGGGGGAGGAGCCGGAUCAACAUUGGGGCCAAGAAGAGAACCCAUGGGCAGAUGAAGCAGACGAGGGCGAGGGAGGCGGCGAUGAUUUUGAUUGGUUUUAAUCGCACGGAAGUUACCAUCAGUCACGCGACCACCCGUAAUGAAGGUUGAAAGGUGGUGCCUAUCCGGACGCCACUGUUCACUUGCUCUAGUUAGGGAAAGGGACUAGUGGUGAUAAAAACUGCCGAAAGGCUGAAACAAAGGCAUUAAGGUUGCCGAUGUGACGGGAAUUGCAUGACCGAGAUGAGUAGAUCUCUCUGAGUCUCGAAAUUACAGUUGGAAGUGUAUGUUAGGGACCUCGGUGUCUUUAUAGAAGACAGCGACCCUUAUGUAAUAUAAAAAGCAGUGAACUCUCCA